AUCAGUCUUGUUAUCGACCUAAUUAUGCGUGCGAAACUGCACUAAUUAACAUAACGGAUCGUUGGCUCAAGGAAAUGGACAGUGUAAAGCUUAUUGGAGCCAUUUUGCUUUAUUUAAGCAAUUAGUCUGACUUAGUCGAUCACGACAUUCUACUAUCCAAAUUAUCAAUGUGCUUCACUAGUGACUGGCCCCUGCAUAGGUAUAUUUUUGAAAAUUGCCAAGCUAAAAAGUCGCCCAUUCACAAUAUUAAACUCCCGCAAAGUAAUUUCGUGCCACAUGGAGAUACUCUCAUUAUUAUCUUUGUUUUUGUCUUCAAUUAAUUCCUGGCCUUUUUAAACGUCCCUUUUCAGUUCACGGUGGCUACUCGCAGUGGUCUAGUUGGUCUCGUUGUAGUCGAUCAUGUGGUCGAGGAAAGUAAUACCGUGAUCGUUCCUGCACAAAUCCUUGGCCAGCAUACAGAGGACGAGGUUGUUUCAGUCUCGGACCACGGACAGAAUCACGGACUUGUAACAUUCAGCUGUGCCCAGUUCAUGGUGGAUAUUCGCAGUGGUCUCAUUGGUCUCAGUGUAGCAGGUCAUGUGAUGGAGGAAAGCAACAUCGUAAUCGUUUAUGCACCAAUCCCCCGUCUGCAAACGGAGGAAGAGACUGCAGUCGACUGGGACGAGAUAAAGAGUCACAGACAUGUAAAAAACAGCGGUGCCCAGUUGAUGGAGGGCAUUCAAACUGGUCUUCCUGGUCCCAAUGUAGCGUCACAUGUGGAAAUGGAACUCAACAGCGUAAUCGAUCGUGCUCUAAUCCACCUCCUACAAAUGGUGGAAUACAAUGUGAAGGACCCACUCAGGAAAUACAAUUAUGCUCGUAUGAAAUGUGCCCGAAACCAGGUAAACAUUUGACGCUUUUCACCUAUGAAUGACUGUUGCCAGUCUGGAACAUCAAAUUUUGCAGAAACUUAGUUUACACCUUAGAAUUGAAGACAGAAAAUAUAACACUGCUCAUAAACAAACCCAUUAUUCAAUCUCUUCGCA